CGAGAGGUGAUCGUAAUUCCUCUGCCGACAUAACUUUGUACUAACCAGUAUUGCAAUUGGCAACGAGUCAGACAUGAGAGAGAGAAGUGAUCAAAAAAUGGCAUCCUCGCCGACGUCGCACAAUGAGGUUUCCCAGGAAUUUUCUGUCAACAAACUCAUCCGUGUCGGUUAUUACGAACUGGAAAAAACUAUUGGUAAAGGAAAUUUCGCCGUAGUUAAAAUGGCGACCCACGUCGUAACAAAAUCUAAGGUUGCUAUAAAAAUAAUAGAUAAAACUAAAUUAAACGAGGAAAAUUUAGCAAAAAUUUUUCGUGAAGUACACAUAAUGAAAAGGUUACGACAUCCACACAUUAUAAGACUGUACCAAGUAAUGGAAACGGAGAAAAUGAUAUAUUUAGUGACAGAAUACGCUCCUGGAGGUGAAAUAUUUGAUCAUCUCGUUCGGAAUGGUAGAAUGCCAGAGCCAGAAGCACGAAGAAUUUUCCGUCAGAUUGUACUUGCCGUUCAUUAUCUGCAUCAACAAAGAGUAGUGCAUCGAGAUCUUAAGGCUGAAAAUUUGUUACUUGAUGCAGACAAUAAUAUAAAACUUGCUGAUUUUGGCUUUAGUAAUGAAUAUACACCUGGUGUUCCACUUAGUACGUGGUGUGGUUCACCGCCAUAUGCUGCGCCUGAAAUUUUUGAAGGAAAGCAUUAUGAUGGUCCAAGAGCUGAUGUAUGGAGUCUCGGAGUUGUCUUAUAUGUAUUAGUUUGUGGUGCUCUACCGUUUGAUGGACCUACAAUGCAAUUGUUACGAUCUGUAGUUGUCUCAGGGAAAUUCAGAAUACCAUUUUUUAUGUCUGCAGAUUGUGAGAAAUUAAUCAGACACAUGUUGGUGGUAGAACCAGAGCGGCGUUUAAGUAUUUCACAAAUUUUAUCGCAUUCAUGGAUGGGUGAAGAUGGAGCAGUAGAAUUAGAACCUGGAGGGUGUAAUCCUGAUAUGAGCGUAUCACCACCAUUAAAUCAAUUAGUAAUAGAAAAUAUGUUGAGAUUGCCCGGACUCAGCGCAGAUACGUUAUUACAAACUAUUAAAGGAAAUACUUUCGAUCAUGUAUCAGCUAUAUACAAUUUACUUGUUGAUCGAUUAGAACCAACAAUGCCUAAUUUACCCAGUAUCCAAAGUAUCCCAGGUGAUUAUUUGCCAGAUGGUGCGCAGUUGGAAAAGUUUGGUGAAACUGAAGCAGAAACAGAAGAGAAAAGUAGUCUUUAUUUACCAUCUGGAACAUCUUAUCAUACAACAAGAAGACAUACAGUUGGACCUGGUGAUGCAGUGCAUCAAUCUCCUUCGUCAUAUCCUUACAAUCACAUGACAGGCUAUCAAACUUUACGGCCUCUUCCUAUUCUCCAGUGUAAUAUAGAUCCUCAAGUUUUACCACAUACCAAUUUACCAUUAAAUCUUCCUUUAGUUCAACAUCAACCACCACAAAAUUUCCAAAUAAAAGAUCAGCAUUUGUUGAAGCCACCUCCUGUUAUGGGUGCCACCGGAGGUUUUGGCAGAAGAGCUUCAGAUGGCGGAGCAAAUCUUCAUAUAUUUCACCAACAACACAAUAGUAACACUAAUAAUGAUGAAGAUGGUGGCUGGAGUCAACCUGGCAGCAAAGAACAAUUACAACCAUUACAGAGUGGUAGUUCAGGGUUAGUACAAUGUGCUCAGUCAUUAAAUGUUGCUACCAGUACCGUAGCUGGAGACGGGAGUAAUAGCAACAGUGGUAGUAAUAGUGGAAAUAGCGACAGAAGAAGAAGGAGUGGCCUUAGCGCUGUUAUGCAGCGACCAGUUAUAAACCCGGAACUGGUAAUGGAGGUAGAAGCUAGGAUGAAUAGAGCUUAUCUACCAUCACGAUUAUUACCAACUCAUGUGACUCACCUUAGAGGAUCAACACUUCCACACCACAGGAAAUCUUCAUUGUAUCAUACUAGUACUGUAAGUAAUAGAGAUUCAUAUAAGGAACCAAGCAGCCAUGUUGCUACUGAAAGGUACUCACCUGUCCGUCGAGCAUCAGAAGGAUCAGGUGCUCCUGGACCAGGCAUCCAAGCGCUUCAACAAGAAUAUCAACAAUUACAGAGAUUAGCAUCACCUUCACAUAGCCCUGCGAGUAUUCCUGGUUCUCCUGUACAUGAAAGAGGUGUAGCAGCAAUUACGCAAGGUCUCAGUGGUUUAACUACGACAUCAGUACAGGGUAGUAUUGUACAUGGUACGCCGGCACAACCACCGGCCACACCUUUAGAUUUAAGUCCACUUAGACAUCAUAGAUCACCUGCGACCACUCCCGUGAGUUAUUCUCCCAGCAAUAGCCCAGCAUUAGAUAUGAUACAAGAAGAACAUCCUGUAGAAAUAUCAAGGGUACCACCACAAAUUUCGGUAACGGACGUUCUUGGAGGUCAAGUGACAUUAAUUAGUUGUUCACCCUCUCCAUCUCCAUCGCCAGAUUCACUCGAAGAUGCAUUACCUCAUUACAACACUCUUCCGAGUUUUAUUAUUUCAGAACCGUGUGAUCCUUUGAGACCUAGCAUAACACGUGGUAUCGGUAGACCGCAUAAUACAAUACCUACCGAAGUCGAGGUUCCUCUUUCUGAUGAGUCAAGCAGAUUAAAUUCCGAAGCUAUAUUAGGUCGUGUCAAACAAAUAAUAGAUGCGAGAGCGCCACCAAAAGGUUUUAUAUUUUCACGAGAGGAGGUGGAAGGUAGCGGACUUAGUUUAGAAUAUCCAGGCGGCGUACAAAUCGAACUUAGAGUAUGCGAAUCGGAGGAAAGAGAAGCGAAGGGAAUAAAAAUGCGUAGAAUUAGCGGGGACCAAUUGCAAUAUAGUCAACUUUGUCAGCAAUUGAUUUCAUGUAUUACUGUUUGACGACAACCAGCGUAUAACAUAAUAUGUUUUUAUAUAUUACGUUACAUUCCUAGUGUAGCAUACACUAUUCAUCACAGUAUUGCACAUGCUGCAUAUACACAAAUGGUAUUUUAAAAAUUACCAUCUUUCAUAAUAUAUAAUAACAUUACUGUGUUAUUAUAUUCGUGUAACAUUCAAUGUAUUAUACGUUUUUUAAUGUUUGUUUUGAGAAAUAAGAUAGGAGCCAUCUUAUUUAUAAUAUGAAAUUGUAAAUAAAUAUACGUGUGUGUGUGUGUGUGUGUGUGUGUGCGUGCGUGCGUGCGCGCGCGCGCGCAUACACACACACACACACACAUAUAUGUAUGUAUGUAUGUAUGACAAGUUGUAUGUAUAUUCAUAUCUUCAGAAAUAUUGAAACAUUAUAUGCAUGUUUAAUAAUUCCCAGAAACAUAAACAGUUUAUUUUUUUAUUUUUAACUGUUGAUAGAUAUUUUAUGAGAAUUCGUCAAAUAUUGAAAAAUUUUAAUGAAAAUUUGUUCAUAUAUUACAUUGUAGGAAUUGAAUUUAAUAGCAUCCAGUGCAGAUGAAAAGAACAAUUUAUUGAUUCAUCCUUCCUACAUAGAAUCUAUUUGCAUUAGUUCAAUGCAUAUGUACUGGAUACUGUUUAUGUUUUCUAUUUUUAUUUAUAAUAUUGCUUUUUAGCAAAUAUAUUUUUAACGUUAAAGACAUAUGCAUAUAGACAAAAUUUCAAGUCUUUUAAUUUGUAUUAUUAAAUUAUUUGUUAACUUAAUUAUACAAGGAAAUGGGAAAUGAGAAUAUUGUAAUUUGUAACUAGACAAAUAUAAACACAGUUCUCUUUCUUUGUGCCACGUACAAUUUAGGAACAGAUUUAUAUAACAUAAAAUGAUCUUAUUGUAAAUAGUUAUAUCAAAGUAAGAUGUCCUUAUUUACGUUAAACAAAAAUAAAUGACAAAAAUACGUAUUGAACUAUGUUGUGUAUAUAUUGCAGUAAGUUUAGUAUUUGUGUACAUUUACUAGUAAAUGUUUAUAUUAAAAUCUUGAAGAAGAUAAAGAAUAAAAAGGAACAUUUUUAUUUAUUAUUACUAGUAAAUAUAUACAUUUAUUAAAACGAUUUACUUUAAAUCAUAUUGAUAGAUAUAAAUUCUUUACAAUUGUAAAUUUUGUUAUGGUAUAUUAAUUGAUUUACAUGCAAUGACAUUUUUUAUUUAAUUGAAAUAAAAAGACAAAAGCGGUUUUUUUUAAAUAUUUAAACUACUUAACGGUUUUUUUUUUAUUAAGAAGUAAUUUACAUGAUCUAAGUUUUGAAAAGUAAUUGAUGUGAGAUUCAAUAAAUAUGAUGAUACAU